UUUUUGGCAAGGCAUGAUUGAUGCAGUAACCAUUUGUGGGCCGGGGUUUAAAGCCCCUAGUGAUACUGAGUUGAGUGGCCCUCUCUUGUUGGAAAUGGUGGAAGAUAUGAAAGUUGACUCAGAGGACCACCGCCAAUCUUGGAGCCACAAGGGUUGCACCAUCAUGACAGAUGGUUGGACUGAUAGGAGGAAUAGAACACUCCUUAAUUUUCUUGUUUCCAGCGGAAGAUCCACCAUGUUUUUGAAGUCCAUUGAUGCUUCCUCACAUGUCAAAAAUGCGGCAUACUUAUGUGAGGCUAUUGAGGAAGUUAUAGAUGAGGUGGGGGAAGAAAAUGUGGUGCAAGUGGUGACGGAUAAUGCAGCAAGUUAUGUUGCUGCAGGAAAACUUUUGAUGGAGAGGCACCCAAAAAUCUUUUGGUCUCCAUGUGCGGCCCAUUGCCUUGACCUCAUGCUGGAGGAUAUAGGUAAGCUUGGAUGGGUGAAAGAAUGCGUUGAAAGGGCCAAGAAUAUAUGCAAAUUUAUUUACAAUCAUGCAUUGGUCCUUAGCAUUAUGAGGCAAUACACGGGGGAAAGGGAGUUGGCUCGUCCUGGUAUAACGAGAUUUGCCUCAAAUUUCCUCACAUUGAAAUCCUUGUUAAAAUCAAAGGCAUCUUUGAGGCGCAUGUUUGUUGGUGAGGAGUGGACUUCCUCAUCCUAUGCUACGACCACUGCAGGGAUGGAUGUAGUAGAUUGCAUUUUUGAUGAGCCAGGUUUUUGGACCCCUUGUGCAGAGAUCAUGCAGGUCACUGAGCCCCUAGUAGUUCUCCUACGAGUUGUUGAUGGUGAGAAGCCCGCUAUGGGCUACAUAUAUGAGGGCAUGGAUAGGGCCAAGGAGGCCAUUAGAUCCAUAUAUGCUGGAGUUGAGGAUAAGUAUAGGCCCAUUUGGGACAUAAUUGAUAGAAGAUGGCAUAACCAACUUCAUAGACCCAUCCAUGCAGCAGCUUAUUACCUCAAUCCAUCAUUUCGUUUCCGUGCUGAUUUCAAAGCGGAUGAGGAGGUUCUUAGCGGGCUAUAUUUAGUAGUACAAUGGAUGGGCACUGAUACCACAACUACACUUCUCGAGAUGGAUGCAUUUAAUAAUGCAUCAAGGGCGAUCUUUGCCAGCCAAUUGUGCAAAGAGGGUCAGACAAAAUUGUAGCCAGAUAGAUGGUGGCAAAUGUUUGGGCCUUCAACCCCAAACCUUCAAAAAAUUGCCAUCCGCAUAUUGAGCCAGCCGUGUAGCGCUUCUGGAUGUGAGCGCAACUGGAGCAUGUUUGAGCACAUCCACUCGAAGAGGCGAAAUAGAUUGUCUGUGGAGAGGUUGAAUGAUCUAGUCUUUGUUCAUUACGACCUCCGUCUCAGGACCAGACAGAUUUUGGAUGAUGACUUCUCUCCGAUCACUCUAGAGGAAGUCGACCCCGAGUCCGAUUGGCUCACUGAGUCCACCGAUCCAGUCUUCACUGAUGAUGACCUUGAGUGGGUUGACCAGGCAGACAGAGAGGCUGAGGCUGUGGCUAUGACAGAGGAGGAGGAUAGAGCAUGAUCAGGCACAACACCUAUGGCUACUCAGACUGGCACAUCACAGACAGAGACUAUGGCUACUCAGUCAUCCAGGACCUACCUUAGACGCCUUUGU